AUGGCAGCACAGAAUGUAGUGGAAAUCAAGAAGUCACUGACGAAAGAUAUCCUGACGAUCAUCUCUGACAUGAGGGAGAUAACUAUAAAGCUCACCUGGGCUGUUUGGAUGGAUGUACUUAUGGUAUUUCUUCUUGUCCUGGUGGUGGUCUUUUGGAUCCUCUGGGCCCUGGUUAGUCCUGUGGUUGGAGUCCUCUCCAUGAUAGGGUUAGUCCUGGCUCUUGGAUGUGUGGUGUGGUGCAGACCUAAACUUCCCAGUCCUGUUCAGGCUGUGUCAAAGCUGGAUGCACUGAGCAUCCGACUGAAUGACCGAGUGAACGCCCUGAAGGAGACGCUGCAGGAGGAGCGAGACAAUGCGUGGUUUCCAUCUUUGAACAGCAGGUGGCGCAGUCUCGAGGAGCUGGAGGUCCUCACACAAGACCUGAUGAUUCUCGUCUCCCGGUUCAAUCCAGAGUUUCACUCAGAUAUGAAACAGAAACUGGGCAUGUGUGAGAGUCUUAUGGGCAACAUCUCCCCAUAG